AUGAAGAAAAUAUACAAAUAUAAUAAUAUCAAAAUUUGUUACACUGAUACAGAUAGUCUUUUGUAUUUAAUUUACUCUGAAGACUUCUAUAAAGAUAUGAAAGAUAAUAUUAAGUACUUUGAUACAAGUAAUUUUCCUGAAAAUAAUAUAUACCAUAUUCCAAAAGCAAAUAAACAAAAACCAGGGUAUUUUAAAGAUGAAUUAGGUGGUGAUAUUAUAACAGAGUUUAUAGGCUUGAAAGCAAAAUUAUACUGCGUUAAUACUUUAAAGUCCGCAAUUAAAAAAGCAAAAUGUGUGAAAAAGCAUAUUACAAAAAAAUUAACUAUUGAAAAUUAUAGAGAUAUUUUAAAUUCUAAGAAAUUAUGUCCAAGUGAAGCUUUAAACAAUUCUGUAUUUAUUUUUGAUGUUGUUGCUUGUGAAAAUCAAAUCAACAAUCGUAAUUAUUUUUCUAUGGGCAGGCAUAAGCAAAUCGAUUGCUUUUAUUUAUCUCACACCUACUCAAAAAUUCCGAAACAAUUGCUACGAGACAAUGCCAAUUUUAUUAUAAUAUUUAAAUUAAAUUUAAACAAGAUGAUGUCUCCCCAAAGGAAUGCUACAAAGCACGGUCCUGAGCCACCUGCAUCCAUCGACUUCCUGCAUGUCUUACCAGGUCGUCACUCCAACUCGUUGGGGUCGCCCUACACUUCACCUAUCGGUAUGAGGCUGUCACUCAACAACCUUUCUUCCCCAUCGGUUGUCGGUUCUUCGAGCUAUAUGGCCGGCCCACUGUCACUUCAGCUUAUUAAUCCGUUGGGCUAUGUCGGUUACUCUGGUUAUACUGCAGAUAUCCUCAUUUCUGAGUUUAUCACGCAGAGAAACCCCGAGCAUAGCCCUCUCCAUAGCUCGCUGAGCGACCUUGAGCUUCCUCAUACGGCCAGCAGUGAAGGACCACGUCUCAGAUCCGUAAGUCGUCACUGGCAACACGCAUUGGUUGUACAAUUUCGUUUUAAGGUUUUCAGUUUGGAUAACGAAACUAUAUUUUUAGUAAAAAUUGGAGACAAAUCUUACAAUCUAACUAUCGGGUUAAGAGAACUUCUACUUAGAAAAAAACCUGAUUUGAAUUUAGUAUCAAGCGCUGAUAAACUCGUGUACAAAAAUAUUCUAGACCAUACUAACGCUCAUAAGAGAGAUUUUAACCCUAGAGGUCAAAUAAGAGGUGAUAAGGGAAUUAAAUACCAAAAAAUAAUUAAACCAUUAUUUUUCGAGACCUUAAUCAAAUAUAAAAAAAUCGAAGAAAAGCUUGGAGGUAAUUUACCUAAGCUUAAGAAAUAUAAAAUCAACACUGGUAUUGUAUAUUGGGACGAUCCAAAUGAAUUAGUUGAUAGAUUAAAAGUUUUAAUAGCUUCAAGAGAUGCCGGCAAUACAAAUCAUGAUAAUGAAAUUUUAUCGAUCAUUGAAGAAUUAAAAGAAGCUAACAUUAUAAAGGAAUAA